AUGUCUCUAACUAUUCACUUUCACAAAAAGGAAAAGCAAUACGAGACUCCGGAUCCGAAUCAAAACACACGCGAUUCACUUAUUAACGGGUGUGUAGGUGGUGUUGAAGAGCUGACGUUGGAUAUCGUCGUCGUCGUCGUCGUCGUCGGGAAAGAUGAGGAGAGAGGUUGGGACGUGAGCGCUGGCCUCCGCCCAAGGGUUGAAACGGUGAUACAAGGUUGUGAUUGGUUGCGGUACUUACUGAACGCCAGCCGAAGCCCCCGGGUUUUGUUGAUUUUCAGGAUUUCCCUUAACUACAUCUGUGAGACAUCAUUUUACGUCUAA